ACUCAUACACCAUCAAUCCAUAUACUCCCCACUUUACGAUCCCAAUCUAAAUGUGGAACAACUUGCGGAGAUAUCCUUAAAGAGCUCAAUAUCCCGCGGACUCUAUCUGACUACCAAUAGUACCCGUUGGUUUCAAUUGGAUGACAUAAUUGAGGCCGAUUACCUUACUCCGGCCUCCGUAUGGGACGGCUUUCUUGUCCGGAUGCGAGUCGGGUCCAACGGGGUUGACCAAUACGUGUUCAUGGACACAGGGAGCAGUUUGGUGUGGAUCAAUUGUGUGCCAAGUUUUGCAGAUGUGCCGGAGCCUUUAUUUGAUCCCGAGGCCUCCACGACUCACCAGGUGGAAAACUGCACAGCAACCGAUAUCUGUGAUGCUUCAGGUCCAGUUAUAAUUCUCUUUCCCUCUUUAGAUUGCGAUGUUAAUGGUUGCAGUUACUAUGUAAGUUAUGGCAGUUCGCGUAGCAGUUGGGGGUUCCUCCGUAGAGAAACAUUUGAUUUCGGAAAGACCGGUAAUGAUUCUCUCAGCAACCUCGUCUUUGGCUGCUCAAGAAAGACCAAUCUCUUUACUAAUGGAGUCCUCGGGCUAGGUGGUGGUAACCUUGGUCGUCUUUCUCUUAUCUCACAGUAUAAUGCCAGCAGGUUCUCUUAUUGUUUUGGGAAGAUAAGCGACAAGUCUUAUCCCCAUAGCACAUUAGUCAUAGGGAGCAGCAACAACAUUGUGCAUUGGAGUGUUUUUACAACACCGUUGGUCGUUGAAGACGACAAAUACUUUGUAAACAUGGAAAUACUUGUGGUUGGCGAGAGCUCGUUUCAGCUCGACCCGCUGAUUUUCACGAGAAACAACUCCGACUACAUUGGUGGUGGGGUUAUUUUGGACACCAGUUUGAGUCUCAGCUUUAUGCCAUUCAAUGUUGUGAUUGACAUCGAGACCGUAUAUACCCGCCUAAUUGAAAGCCUCGGUCUAACCCCAAAUACUUCCAUCACGUACCGAAAUAAGGUCACGAGGUUUUGCUACAACGGGGUCGUCACCAGAGAUCUAACAAACGGGUUCCCGACCAUGAAAUUUGUGUUCCGGGGUGGGGUGGUCAUGGAGCUGGAGGCCGACAGCGUGUUUCAGCAGACGCAUAACCAAACCUUUUGUCUGGCCAUCUUGCCUUCCGAGCCUAUCCUUGGGGUUACGACCACCAUUCUGGGGACUUUGAUGCAACAAAAUUUUAACGUGGUGUAUGAUAUUGAAUGGAACAACGUUUCGUUCAGCAAGGGGGAUUGUCAGACAGUAGAGGAUUAUUAUGACGUGAAUGAUGAGCUCUAG